AUGUUUCAGAAAUCAAAGCAGCCAAGUUCUUCAUUUUUGGAUGCAUACCAGGCAGCAAUUGAGGCCUGGUGGUCUUUCUGGUUGGUGUAUUCGCCGCCGUAUCGGAUUCCGUAUGUUCAAUGUAAUCCAGCCCAGUUGCUUCGGCCGGCGCGGCCGACGCGGCCGACGCGCAAAUGUAAAAACGUAAAAAGUAGCCCUUUAGCCCUUUUCCGCGUGGGUAAUCGUGCCGUGACGUCAGCGAAAGCCGCCGCCCGCGCCCGCGCCCGCGCUGUGUCCGCAUCGCGCCUGGUGGGGGCUGACGGGGACGUCGUCACACAUCAUGGUCCCCCACCGAUGGCUGCUGAUGUGGGAGGAAAUUAUCUCGUGGCCAAGACAGCAACAGCGUUUUCUAUGCGAUUCCACAAAGCGUGUGAUGUGUCUCGAACAGAACCCGUCUGCGUGAAGGGCGACAAGUGA